AUGAUCAGAGCCGCUUUGCUAAUUUUUCUCUUCCAAUAUGGCCUGAGAUGCUUCCAGCUGAGCAGAGCUACCAUCAAUUAUGAGCACCUUUGUAACGUUUAUUUUCCCAGUGUAAGGGGAAAGACCGCCUACGUUGGGGGUCUUCUUGAGCCGCUAAGAUGGGCCCCCCCAAAGAGGGCGGAAAAUAAGGCACACAUCAAGCGGUGCAGAAGACACGCCACAGGUGAAGAGGUGCACUCCACAGGUGAAGCGGAGCACAUCCCUGGUGAGGCAGGACACACCCCUGGUGAGGCAGGACACACCCCUGGUGAAGGAGGACACACCCCUGGUGAAGACCUGCACUCCAUCCUAAAUAACGAGCUGCAAAAUGUCGCGAAACAAAUACUGCAAGACGAAAAUGUGAACCUACCCAAGCACUGCCUCCUGGAAGACAACAAAAUUUUCGACCACUAUGAAUACCAGUCGAGUGUGAUUUUAUUUUUGGAGCAUUCUUUAGGGCAAGGAAAAGAUGUGCGCAGUGAGUUCCUCCGCAUUUUUAGAGGAACAGGUGCAGAGCUAAUCGACUCGCUGCACUUAUCCCCCAAUGGGAUACUGAACAUACGGGUUGCCGAUGCGUUCGUGAUGCGGGCGUUUCUGCGGUUUUACAGGGGUGGGGGAGCCCACACGGGGAUAGCUCCAGUGGGGAUGGCUCCUCCAGUGGGGACGGCUCCUCCAAUGGGGACGGCUCCUCAAAUGGGGACGGCUCCUCCAGUGGGGACGGCUCCUCAAAUGGGGGCAGCUCCUCCAGUGGGGGCAGCCACCUUUGGUCGUCGCUCAAGUAAGAGCCCCCCCGAAACGGAGAAUCCCAAAAGAAGACAGAAGUGUGCCGUCCUGCUAGACUUCUGCGGAGUGAACAUGGCGAAAAAUAUGCACAUGGGGCACCUCAAGUCGCUUCUCCUUGGAAAUGCCCUUAGCAAUAUUCUCCGUUCAUUAAACUAUUCAGUAAAGUGCAGAAGCCAUAUAGGAGACUGGAAUAUGAAUCUCGCAAUGGUUUUGAGUUUUUUUGUUAUGUUUCCCAACGAGGUAGUAUCUAGUGGCAAGUUAAAUAAAAAAGAAAUUCCUAUCAUCGAUGGAGUUGAUAAACAUGACAAAGUGGAAUCAUACAAAGAGUCUACUACACCCUGUGUAGUCAGCGGUCAGAUGAAUAAACACACAGAUGUGGAGUUCCCAGUGAAAGCAGAUUCUACACAACAUGGAGUAGAAGAACAAUCAAAAAAAUUCUUGGAUGAAGAAAUAUACAUAAAAAUGCUUAGCACCUUGAAGGAAGAAAAUUUUGAAAAAAAUUAUCAACAGAUGGAGCCAUCUAAAUGGAUAGAUAUAAAUUUACAUAAAAUCGAAUUUGCGUAUAAAAUGGGAAAGAAGCUUUUUACUUUGUCAGAUAUUUUUAAAAGGAUUUGUAAAAGAAGCUUACGUAUGAUGUAUCAGAAGGAUGAGAAGAUGAUCGCCUUGUGGGAUAACAUUUGCAGGAGUAGCAAGGAGGCGAACAAAGAAAUUUUGGAUAAACUAAAAAUCAGGAACCUGAUAGACAAGGGGGAGAGCUUCUACCUCAAGUUCGUGCCGACCAUAUUGCGGAGACUCGAAGACGCCAAUGUGGUUUUUCACCUGGGGGGAAAGUCGUGCCUUUUGCUGAGGAGCAAGGGGGGAGCGGUCACGAGGAGCACUGUUAGCGGCACUGUUAGCGGCACUGUUAGCGGCACCGUUAGCGGCAACCCGGAUAGUGGAACCCCCGUGAGCGGUGGCUGGACUCCAAGCCGGAGGAAAGACACGCACAUACUGAGCAGCAAGGAGGACCACUACGACGUGAUGCAAGUGACACAAGAACUUAACGAGCAAAUCAGGAGAAACGACGUCGAACAAUUAAAGAAAAACUUCACCCUAUUGACGCUCCAAAACGAUGUGGCCUUUACCUAUGCGGCCAUUGACUUAGCCGCAAUACACUAUCGAGUGACAUAUGAAAAGGCAAACAAAAUAAUUUACGUGGUGGACGAAAAUCAAAGGAAGCAUUUUAUGCAAAUUUUUUCAAUCGCCAAAUUUGCACAUAUUCUCCCACAACACGUGGAAUGUACAUGUCUGAAUUACGGCUUUGUCCUGAACUCAGAAAAUAGAAAAAUGAAAACAAAAGAUUUGUGUGAAAAAAAUAUUUCCGUUAAGGACAUGCUGGAAAAUGUCAAGUUAGCUAAUCCGAGUGGACAUGACAAAAAUGAAGACACAAUUUUGGAGAAAGAAAUCCACAUGAAGAAGGUGAACGUGGAGAAGAUGGACAUGAAGAAGGUGAACGUGGAGAAGGUGGACAUGGAGAGGAUGAACAGAGAAAGGAUCCUUUUGUCGUCCCUCAUUUAUUCCUACCUGGCUGUAAAAAAUUAUAAAAGACAAACAAUAAGCAAUAUCCUGAACAAUUUUCACGUAGAGUAUCUUUUUAUAAUUAAUUGCUACAAUGAUGUGUGUUCCAUUUUGGGGAAAGCAAAAGAAAAAAAAGGAGAUUACUCCUCCCUUUUGGAAAAGAGAAAAAACAUACCGAUUGAAAAUAAUUUAAAAAAAUUGAUGCUCCACAUUAUGCACUUUAACAAUAUCAUGGAGGAAGUGACUCGCAGCUACAACGUCGAUAGAUUGUGCUCCUUCCUCUUUACACUGUCUCAGAAAAUGCAGCCCUUACUCCAGAACAGCUUUGCGAAGAAGUUUAUCCCCCAUUUGGAAAGUAGGAGCGUUCACAAUUUUUUGAGCCUGUUAAAUGGUGUGCGGAAAGAGAAGACGGGGGUAGAGGGGAAGCAGGCAGUAGAGGGGAAGGAGGGGAAGCAGACGGUAGAGGGGAAGGAGGGGAAGCAGACGGUAGAGGUGGAGGAACAGGUCAAGGGUGCAGCAGCAGAAGCGCAGAACCCAACGGCAAACAUCAUCGAUAAAGUGGCAGGCGACAAAGACCAAGUGACACACAUCAUCAAUAAAAUGACCCAGACAGAACUGUUUCUUCUCAUCAAAAACAGCAGCCUGCUCGACCUACGCGAAGACAAAAAUUUACCUGAACAGUCAGGCAAAAUGGAAACGCUCAUUUUUAACCGAAUUUUGGAAGUACUCAUUAUGCAGGCAUACAUAUCCCUCGUGGGAAAAAUAUUCCGCAUGCUAAAUUUGCAACUGGUGAACUUUGGCCGACGUGGUUGA